GAGAGAGCUCUUCUUCCUCCCACGGCUCUUCCUUCCCAUCCUUCGGAGAAGUGCUUUCCUUUCCCGUCUCCUCCAGGUCCAGCCUCGCAACAUGGAAGGUCACCGGGACUAUGCCAAGGAGCAGCUGGAGCGUUGGCAAGAGCAGUGCAGCCAGCAGGGGCCACCUGCCUUGACCAGGGCAGCAGGAAUCCCAGUGGGAAACCAUCGGAAUGUCCUGACGGUGGGUCCACGAGGUCCUCUCUUGGUUCAGGAUGCAGUUUUUGCUGAAGUUAUGGCACAUUUUGACCAAGAGAGGAUUCCUGAAAGACUUGCUCAUGCCAAAGGCGCAGGUGCUUUUGGCUAUUUUGAAGUGACUCAUGAUAUCACCCAAUAUUGCAAAGCAACCCUAUUUGAGCACAUUGGUAAAAUAACUCCCAUUGCCAUUCGACUUUCUGCUAUUGUUGGUGAAUCAGGUUCAGCUGACACAGUUCGUGAUCCUCGAGGCUUUGCAGUGAAGUUCUAUACAGAAGAAGGCAACUGGGACUUUGUAGGGAACAACACUCCCAUCUUCUUUCUUAGAGAUCCAAUGCUGUUCCCAUCCUUGAUCCACAGUCAAAAGAGGAAUCCACAGACCCAUCUGAGAGAUGCAAACAUGUCAUGGGACUUCUUCAGUCUCUGCCCCGAGACUCUGCAUCAGUUAUCAUUUGUGUUCAGUGAUCGUGGCAUUCCAGAUGGAUAUCGUCAUAUGCAUGGCUUUGGAUCAAAUACUUUCAAGCUAGUGAAUGCCUGUGGAAACGCAGUGUACUGCAAAUUCCAUGCAAAGACUGACCAGGGAAUCAAAAAUCUUACUGUUGAAGAAGCAGAAAAGCUGGCUGCUAAAGAUCCUGACUAUGCUCUGCGUGAUCUUUACAAUGCUAUUGCGAAUGGAGAUUAUCCAUCAUGGAGUUUCUAUAUUCAGGUCAUGACAUUUGAACAAGCUGAGACAUUUCCAUUUAAUCCCUUCGAUGUAACUAAGGUUUGGCCUCAUGGGGAUUAUCCUCUCAUUCCUGUGGGAAAGAUUGUCUUAAACAGGAAUCCUGUCAACUAUUUUGCUGAAGUGGAACAAAUUGCUUUUGACCCAAGCAACAUGAUCCCAGGAAUUGAACCUAGCCCUGAUAAAAUAUUGCAGGGGCGUCUCUUGUCCUACCGAGAGACCCAGAGACACCGUCUGGGAUCCAAUUAUCUGCAAAUUCCUGUCAAUUGCCCAUACCGAACUCGCGUAGCCAAUUACCAGAGAGAUGGGUAUAUGUCCAUAUCUGGCAACCAAGGUGGUGCUCCAAACUAUUAUCCAAACAGUUUUAGUGGCCCCCAGGACCAGCCCCACUUGCAGGAAUCCUGUGAAAAUAUCACAGGUGACAUAAAGCGCUUCAAUGAUGACAAUGAGGACAAUGUAUCUCAGGUACGGGUCUUCUAUACCAAAGUAUUGACAGAGGAAGAACGUGAAAGACUCUGUGAGAACAUUGCUGGCCGUCUUAAGGAUGCUCAGCUUUUCAUUCAGGAGAGAGCUGUGAAGAACUUCACUGAUGUUCAUCCUGACUAUGGUGCACGCAUUCAAGCCCACUUGGAUAAAUACAAUGCUCAAGACUCCAAAAAGGGUUCAGUACACUUUUGUACACAAGCUUCACCUAAUACUGGGAAAAGCUAAUGGCAUGAUCUCAAAAUAUCAUUUCUGCUGAUUAGAGCAUUAUCUCAUGAAAUUACAAUCUAUCUAACUGGAAAAUGAUACAUGCAGUGCCUUAACAAAUGUUUACAUGUUUUCUUUUAACAUGUUGUUAAAUUUUGCAAGUCAAUUAAUCAAAAUUUGUGUUCUACUAAUCUUUCACUUAUUUAUUAAAGAGAAUAUACAUAACACUGGGAAGAUGUUUAACUUCCAACUUGGAGAGCCUCAUAAUAGCAUUUGCACACAGAAUUGACAUCCUUCCAAACAGAAAAAUUCAUAUAUAAAUAAAGAAAUCAUUUUACUAUAAUAACUAUUAGGCUGGUGAUUGCAAUUCCAAAAUAACCCAAUAAUUUGCAAUUAUGAUUGCAGGUAAUCCAAAUUACAUUGCAUGUACAUUGAUGCAGGAUCUAUACUGCCUUAUAUCGCAGGAUCUGAUCCCAGAUUAUCUGUCAGUAUAGACUCAUAUAAUCCAGUUCAAAGCAAAUAAUCUGGGAUCAGAUCCUGGAAUAUAGGGCAAUACAGAUCCAGGCUGAGGCUAUAAUAGUAAUAACUUUUACAGUGAAACAUAUACCAUUUUAGACAGCAGCAAUUUCAAAAAGCAAACCCCAAUUUUCCCUGUUUAUGUAAGAAACACAAUAUUACUAUACCACUGUGUAUAAUAGGACUUGAACAUCCAUGGAUUUUGGCAUCCACAGGGGGUCCUAGUGUCAUGGGUAACUAAGACCACAGAUAAAGAGGAUUUGUGCUCAGUGACUGCAAGAUAACUGAAUGAGCCAGGACAGAGAAGCACCAGGGUGAAGACAAGGCAGAGGUUUAUUCAAUCUGGUCAGGAGGGAUGCAAGUACAAGUGGAUGGGUGAAAGUGUAAAAACAUAACAUACAGAGAGACACUAUUUAAAAUACACAUGGCAGCUAUUUAAAACCCACUUCCCUUCCUAAUUGGCUGAGAGAGGCCGGUCUGGAUCUACACCUUGAUUGGUUGAGGGUGCCAUGAAUAUCACCACUUCCAAGUGGGUAUUCCCAUUUGUAGGGAAAUGAAAACCCAGGAUUCCCCAACUGUGGAUCCAAUCAGCUGUUGGAAUGCCCCCUGGGAGGGUACGUUCUAGACAAAUAAUGUCCAAGAAAUGAUAAUGAGUCAUUGAUUGACUCAACUGUCCGGUUCUGAUUUUAAUAAAGGUGCAAGGAUCUGGAGACAAAAUGUGAUAAUUCCGGCAAUCAAGGGAUGAGUAUUCAAUAAAAUGUUAAGCAAAUGUACAUAUUUGGAAUUU